GUGAAAGAUACGAUCCUGAGCCCAAGUCAAAAUGGGAUGAAGAAUGGGAUAAAAAACCAGCUUUUCCAUUCAGCGAUAAGUUAGGUGAGCUAAGCGACAAAAUUGGAAGCACGAUUGACGAUACCAUCAGCAAGUUCCGAAGGAAAGAUAGAGAAGACUCUCCAGAAAGGUGCAGUGACAGUGAUGAGGAAAAAUCAAGAAGAGGUAAAUCUCCCAAAGCUGAAUUUAAAGAUGAAGAGGAGACUGUGACAACAAAACACAUUCAUAUUACACAAGCUACAGAAACUACCACCACCAGACACAAACGCACAGCAAAUCCUUCAAAAACCAUUGACUUGGGAGCAGCAGCACAUUAUACAGGGGAUAAAGCAAGUCCAGAACAGAACGUUGCCGCUCCCGGACAGCCGACGGCAAAGGCUUCUGUACCCUCUGGCAGCAAGUCGUCUAAUGACCUGGUUGAUCUGUUGUUUGAUGGAGCUAGCCAGCCAGUCUCAACUGGUGGAUCAACUGACCCAUUUGGAGGAUUUGCUGAUUUUAGUUCAGCUGCUGCUUCAGCAAGUUUCCCAUCAUCGCAAGGUACAGCAACAAGUGGAAAUGGAGACUUUGGUGACUGGAGUGCCUUCAACCAAGCUUCUCCUUGUCCCAGUGCUUCAUCUGGAGAGCUCUUCAGCAGCACAGCACAGCAGCCAGCUAUAGAGCUCUUCAGUAGCUCACAGCCAGCUUCUGGCCAGCCUCCACCAGCUUCAAAUUCUACUGAUCUUUUUGAUUUGAUGGGCCCCUCUCAGACAACCAUGACCUCUUCACAAAGUAUGAAUUUCUCUAUGAUGAGCUCCAGUGCUGUGGGUAUCGGUUUACCCAUGUCAAGGUCACAGCCUCUGCAAAGCUUGAACACUAUGAUGCCGAAGCCUAACCCUCUUUUUAAUGCAAGCACAGAGAUGGUCCAGAAGAAUGCAAGCAAAACUCUACCCUCAACUUGGUCAGAUCCCAGUGUAAAUAUCAGUUUGGACAAUUUAGUACCUGGGAUGCAGCCUUCCAAACCCCAACAGCCAUCACUUAAUACCAUGAUGCAGCAACAAAAUAUGCAACAACCCAUGAACGUCAUGACUCAAAACUUUGCAGCCGUGAACCUCAGUCCCCAGCCUAACAUGAUGCCUGUUCGACCCCAGACAAGCCCAUUGGUGGGAGGGCCCAUUCCUGUGGGGAUGGGAAUGCCCAGUGUGAUGUCAGGUACAAUGGGCAUGACCUCCAUGGGACCCACACCUAUGAUGAACCAGGGAAUGAUGGGAAUAAACAUGAACAUGGGAGUGCCAGCUACGGGAAUGAGUUUGACGGGCACAAUAGGAAUGGGGGUACCCAAUAUCGCUAUGACCUCUCUGACUCCUGGGACUGUACAACCCAAGCAAGAUGCCUUUGCAAAUUUUGCCAAUUUUAGCAAAUAAAGAUUGUAAAAUAAAUAAAUAAAAUGAAAUAAAAUAAAUGGGCAGACUGAAUGAAGGAUUUUUAGCUGCACAAAUAUAGCUGGGGGAGGGAUGGAAAAAAACUGAUCAGUACUUUUUUUUGUCUUUAUCAGUUAGUGUCUACAUGAAGAACCAAAAACUAUUUUUAAAUGUUGAAAUAACUGAUGUUCAAAUUCUGGAGAGGUGAAAAGUUCUUCUAAGAUAUGCUAGAUUAUUUGCAAAAUAAUUUGUACUGAGACCAUCAAAAAACCUUUCCUACAUAGAAGAACCAAUUUUAACUUUGAGGCUUGAUGGAAGACUGGAAUGGGGGUUGGGUAAAAAUGUUUGAAUCUAAUUUUAUACUUUUCUUUUUUCUUGAAGAGCUUGACUUUCUUUUCCCCCUCUCCCUGAUCGUUUUGUCAUAGUUGGAUCAUUCCUUUUACUACCACUGAGUCCACAAUUGAAAUCACUCAAGUACUAUGAUCAUUUUUUUAUAAGAAUAUAUAUUUUUGUCCAAAAAUGGCUUACAUAUAUGAUUAUGGCUAAUUCAAAGGGACCUGGAAUGUGUAUAUACUUUUGCUAAUGUUCCAGCCACACUGCUAUAUUGCCCAAAUUUUUAUUGUAAAAAUCCUCUCUCAGCAAUUUGGUGAUCAACAGAUUUUUGGGGUCUUAACAUGCUUCUGUUGUUAUAACUGAUAUCCAGUGCAAGUCUGGGAGAAGCUUUAUCCAAGACUGCUGGAAGGUUUCCUUUCAGAAAACUCCAGAAAAUGCACUUUCUUGCAGUUUUUUUACAGUGGCAGUUAGCAUCCUUUGUACCACCAAUAUCCCUAUGGAGACUUUAUGGCAUAGGCAGCAGUCAAAAGGCAAAAAUAUUUAUUUUUUGCGCCAUUACAAAAAAUUAUGAGAUGAAUUACAUGUAAGUUAUUUAAAUCUAUAACCCUACCUAAUCCAGCAGCAUUGGAUCUUAGCUUUUUAUACAACAUUUGGCAAUUUUGGCGAUUCUUUUCUGUAAAUAUGGCAUUAGCAUCUGUGGAAUCCAAUAGAGGAGUAAAAAAUAUAUAUAUUAAUAAAGGAAACCUGUAGCAGUCAAAGAUUUUACUGAUUUACUGAAAACAAAAGAAUUAAUUAAGGUUUUUGGGGUUUUUGCUUUUUCUUCUGUAAUUCUACGUUUAAGUUCACAUGAAUCAUGACUCUAGAAUGUGGAAUACAUUGUUAUAUUCACAAGCUGGGAAUAUUGUUAAGAAUAAGCACUAUACUAUAGGUAUGAAAUUUUCUUAUGUUGUAUCUCUUUUUUAUUAUUAAGUUGAUAAAACUUUGCUUUGAUUGUAUUCAUAAUGUUCUGUACUACAUAACAUUAAAAUGUUCAUUAAAAUCAA